ACCAACCUGAAAGUUAUAUAAAGACAUGCGUCUCUCAAGCAAAAACAGUCAUUUACAUAGGUUGAGGUUGGUGUUAGAUUAGAUUUUCAAUCACUGAACUCUGGUCGGUUGAUCCAUCGUAUUGUGUAAAACAGAUCUGAGAUCCGAUUCUUUGUCAUUUCAACAUGUUUUUGAAAAGAAGCACCUGUCUGUUGGUUUUUCUGCUGUGUUCUUUGACCUUGUGGUGCAAGUCAACCAGCGCAGGAUCCAGUUACCUAAGUCCUUCACAAAAACCUCAGAACAGGGGCAAGUCACCCAGAACGGGUCGCCAAGUCAUGGAGGAGCCAAUUCAACCAAAUGACGACAAUCGCAUUACAAUAAGUGCUCCUGUUGAAAUUGGCAUCACCAUGGGAGAAGAGGACUAUGAGAUGUACGGUGAAGUUCUGCAGGAGAUCAUUCACAACUUAUUGGGAAACAUGGAGAAAGCAGGUUUGCUCAGUUCUUCUGUUUUAAAUAUUUGGCCAAUAUAUAUAUAUAUAUAUAUAUAUAAUAAAAAGAACACUUCUUUUCUUUCAGAGAGACUGUCACCAGUUUGA